UCCGGUCUUUCCGAGGCGCGGAGCUGGAGGUAGAGCAGUCUCCGGCUCAUGGUCCUCCGAGGCCGGCGGACGCAGUCAGGGCCCUCUCCUGCAAUCCCAAGUAACCGGAGCGGGUAGAGACCUUUAAAUCUGUCAUGUUCGGGAAAGUGAUUCUCAAACGUGUCUAUGGGUGAAGAAUUUCUCGGGGGGGGAGGAUAUUAACAAUUCAGAUUUCUUGGCCCACCCUGACACUGGCGCACUGAAUUUCGCAUGGCUUGAGGGUUUGUAUUUUAGUAAGCUUCCGGGGAAUUCUGACUCAGCCCGCCGGUCACACCCGUUUGGAUAUUAUUUUCCACAAAUCGAUUUAGCACCCCCGUCCCCCACCCAAUCCCAGGGACCUUUGGCGAUUCGGGGCUCGCCGGAUGGUCCCGCCUCUCGUUUCAAAUCGGCCCUUCGCUCAUCCCGUCCCUGCAGGCAAUUCUCUUCCGGUUGGUCGGCGGCGAAUCUGUGGCGAGACCUGACCCAAUGGGCGUUAUAGUUCGCAGAACGUGACCCUCAAGUUGAUUCCGAGCUGGCGCCGUUGGCUGUGGGUGCCUAACUCGCGCGCCGAAAUUUCUGACGUGGGAGCUGAGAGCUCAGUCCUAAGUGCGACGAAACGAAAAGCGUGGCGCUCAGGUCCUGCCAUAGGUCCUGGGGAGGGCUGGACAAGGUGCCGGUGUGAUGGCGCCCGGGACCGACUGAGACCUAGGCGCCGGAAGCGGCUGCAGCCGGGCUGAAGCUGAGCUUUUCGCCCGGGACUUGAAGCUCCAGGUUCCCUGGCUCUUGCUGAGGCCGACCAUCCCUGUACGGGGCCGGGAACGGGCGCGCCUUCCCGGGCGGGUGCAGCUGUUUUCGGGGGGUAAGGUACUCUGGGAGCCUGACAAUGGCGUCGGGCCCGGGCUCCCAAGACCGGGAAGGGCUCCUGGUAGUGAAAUUGGAAGAGGACUGCGCCUGGAGCCAGGAGCUGCUCCCGCCAGACCCAGGGCCUAUCCCGGAGGCUUCCCACCUGCGCUUCAGAGGGUUUCGCUUCCAAGAGGCCGCUGGCCCCCGGGAAGCCUUCAGUCGGCUCCAGGAGCUUUGCCAUGGGUGGCUGCGGCCUGAGAUGCGUACCAAGGAGCAGAUCUUGGAGCUGCUGGUGCUGGAGCAGUUUCUAACCAUCCUGCCCCAGGAAAUCCAAAGCAGGGUGCAGGAGCUACGUCCGCAGAGCGGUGAGGAAGCAGUGACCCUUGUGGAAGAUAUGCAGAGAGAGCUUGGAAGACUGAGGCAAAAGGUCACAAACCAUGGGCGGGGAACAGAAGUGCUUUUGGAGGAGCCUUUGCCUCUGGAAACAGCACGAGAGUCACCGAGCUUCAAGCUGGAGCCAAUGGAGAUUGAGCGAAGCCCUGUCCCCAGGCUACAGGAGCUGCUAGGCCCCAGUCCUAAAAGGGACCCCCAGGCUGUAAAGGAGAGGGGAAACAUGGAAGACAAGGAGAUGACUGGGCCCCAGUUGCCUGAAAGCUUAGAGGACGUGGCUAUGUACAUCUCCCAGGAGGAGUGGGGGCAUCAGGAUCCUAGUAAGAGGGCCCUCUCCAGGGACACGGUGCAGGAGAGUUAUGAGAAUGUGGACUCAUUGGAGCCUCAGGUUCCCAGUCAGGAGCCCCUGAGCACCCAGGUGGAACAAGGAGGAAAACCAUGGGAUCCUAGUGUCCAGAGUUGCAAGGAGUGCCUGAGCCCCAGAAACCAAGCUCCAGGUAAAGAGAAAUUUGAGCACCAAGAAGAAAGUGCUUUGUCCGUUUCCCCUGAGAGCAUCCAUCCACAGGCACUGCUGCCUGGCCAGGCCGUAGGGAAGGUGCCCUGGAGUCCUGAGCAGGGAUGGCCUGGGGACAGGGCAGAAAGGCAUUGGGAGCCUCCCCCAGAGGAUCGGAUGGAGCAGUCUGUAUUAGGGGCCGCAAGUUGCAGAGAAAUGGGGCCACCAAAGCAACUGCAGCUGAAGAGGCUCCAUUUAUGUCCCUUGUGUGGCAAAAAUUUCUCUAACAACUCAAAUCUAAUUAGGCAUCAGAGAAUACAUGCAGCAGAAAGACUGUGUAUGGGUGUGGAGUGCAGUGAAAUCUUUGGUGGCAACCCACACUUCUUGUCACUACACAAAGCACACUUGGGAGAGGAGGCCCAUAAAUGCCUUGUGUGUGGAAAAAGCUUCAGUCAGAAUACCCACCUGAUUCGCCAUCAGCGCACCCACACAGGUGAGAAGCCCUAUCAAUGUAAAGUAUGUGGAAAAAGCUUCUCUUGCAACUCCAACCUCCACAGACACCAGAGAACACACACUGGUGAAAAGCCCUACAAGUGCCCUGAGUGUGGGGAGAUCUUUGCUCAUAGUUCCAACCUCCUUAGGCACAAGAGGAUUCACACAGGAGAGAAACCCUAUAAGUGUGCUGAGUGUGGGAAAAGUUUCUCUCGCAGUUCUCACCUUGUCAUACAUGAAAGAACUCAUGAAAAAGAAAGGCUUUACCCCUUCUCCGAGUGUGGGGAAGCAAUGAGUGACAGCACCCCCUUUCUUACAAAUGGAACCCACAAGGCAGAGAAGAAACUCUUUGAAUGUUUGACUUGUGGGAAAAGCUUCCGGCAGGGCAUGCACCUCACCAGACAUCAGAGAACGCACACAGGAGAAAAACCAUAUAAGUGUACUCUUUGUGGGGAAAACUUUUCUCAUAGAUCCAACUUAAUCAGGCACCAGAGAAUUCACACAGGAGAGAAACCCUAUACCUGUCAUGAGUGUGGAGAUCGUUUCUCUCACAGCUCCAAUCGGAUUCGUCAUCUGAGAACCCAUACAGGAGAGAGACCCUAUAAAUGUUCCGAAUGUGGAGAAAGCUUUUCUCGGAGUUCACGCCUUAUGAGUCAUCAGAGAACUCACACUGGAUAGAAAGAAUGGGAUUUCAUUUUGCCCCAGAUAAGGUGCUAUUCAGAGGGUCCUGUUGUUGAGAGCUAGUAUUCCUUGCCAGCUCACCAAAUCAUGUGUUUUUUUUUUUUUUUUUUUUUUUUUUUUUUUUUUUUUUUUUUUUUUUUUUUUUUUUUUUUUUUUUUAAGUAAUUACUAUAAAGAGUAAUGGGUGGGAGUGUGUGGGGGUCAUUGCAAAGGAGGUGCAGAGGCAGCAAAGGAUUAGCAUAAAAAAAAAAGAAUUCUUUUUGAACUAGUGAGGAUGGCAAGUUUUUGAGUUAACCUGCUUAGGGCAGAAUUCUCUAUGAAGUCUCCUCUGUCUCAGGGUGCACCUACCUCCUUGGUAUGUUUAACAAAAUUGUAAUUUGGAUGCCUUACUGCGUCCAGUAUCUUUCCCAGCAACCUUGGGAAUCCAUUUGAUUUUCCGUUACUGCUUCCUUACUUAGGACAUUCAGGAGCAUUUGAACUCCUGAGGCCCUUGAGGCCAAAGAAGAGACUGAGUCUCCUGGGAAACCAGAAUUAGGGCAAGGAAAGACUAGUGGUGGGUUGUAGCUCUCCUGAAGGCCCUGAUAGGGAAGCCUCCACAGUGCCCCUCAGUGGCCUGACAGGAGGGCCCAUUGGUAGGCCAUGCAUAUAAAUGUUGCCUCAGACAAAAAGGACCCAGAGACCUAAGGGAAAUAGUAAGAUGGAAUUUUUAUGUCAGCCUAGGAAAUCGCAGAGGGAACCAGAGUCUGAAUUAGUCUUAUCUUUUGCGGAGAUCAAGACUUCCCCAACCUCUGUCAGAGAAGGAUAAAUAGCUCUGGAGUCCUCAGGGAGUUCCAUGUUAGAUGGGUUCCCUGGGAGACUUUGAAAAUGUGGAUCUUAAGGAAAUUAGGAAUCAUGCCUUUCCCUGUUGGAAAUAUGUUUGGAUAGUAAUAAAUAUCUUAAGGAAA